CCUACAGGUACUGGAGGUAGAACGGUGGGCUCGUGCUUGGGAGGGGCUGAGGUGGGGUUAUCCAUGUUCGCAUAAGCCGUCGCCCUGGUACCUAGGAGCACAGUGAGUUACUUCAGCAUAGGUCAUAUGAUGGAGCUGCCUCCUAAGAAUGAAGAGAACCGUCUCCGAUGGGACCUUACUCCAGAACAAAUCCGCUCAAUGGCCGUCAAGCUUAUUGAGAAAACCAAGUGUGUGUAUGACACGGUGGGGAGCCUUGCCAGGGAUUGUGUUACCUAUGAGAGCACCCUAAAAGCGCUGGCUGAUGUAGAGGUGGAGUAUUCAGUUGAGCGGAACAUGCUGGAUUUCCUUCAGCAUGUUUCUUCCGAUAAAGAUGUCCGAACAGCGAGUACCGAGGCCGAUAAGAGCUUGUCCGAGUUUGACGUGGAGAAAAGUAUGAGGGAAGAUGUUUAUAGACAACUUGAGCACUUACAGACUGUGCUAUCUCCUGAUUCGUUGAAACCGGAGGCAAAGAGGUUCUUGGAAAAACUCCUUAAACUGGGUCAGAGGAAUGGCUUAAACCUUUCCUCAGAGAAACAGCAGAAAAUUAAGGACAUUAAGAAAAAAAUGAGCACGCUUUCCAUUGAUUUUAGCAAAAAUUUGAAUGAGGACAUUACUUUUUUAACUUUUUCUAGGGAGGAGCUAGGAGGCCUCCCUGAUGAUUUCUUGAACUCGCUGGAGAAGGCGGAGGAUGGAAAACUAAAAGUAACUUUAAAGUAUCCCCAUUAUUUCCCUCUGAUGAAAAAAUGUUUUGUUCCGGAGACGAGGCAGAAGCUGGAGUUGGCUUUCAACUCUCGCUGCAAAGAGGAGAACAAUAAUCUCCUUCAAGAACUGGUGAAGCUUAGAGAAGAGAAAAGCAGUUUACUUGGGUUUGCCACACAUGCUGAUUUCAUCUUGGAAAUGAACAUGGCAAAGAGCAGCAAGACUGUGGCAUCGUUUCUAGAUGAAUUAUCCCAGAAACUGAAGCCUUUGGGAGAGAAGGAAAGAGCAGUCAUAUUAGAACUGAAAAAGAAGGAAUGUGAAAAGAGAGGACUUGAGUUUGAUGGGCAGAUCAAUGCUUGGGACAUGCGAUACUACAUGAACCAAGUGGAGGAGACCACAUACAGUGUGGAUCAGAAUCUUCUCAAGGAAUAUUUCCCAAUGGAAGUUGUGACUUCUGGUCUACUAGAUAUUUACCAAGAGCUACUGGGUCUAACCUUUGAGCUGGAAAAAAGUGCUCCUGUAUGGCACGAGGAUGUUACUUUAUAUUCUGUACGAGAUGCAAAGACAGGCCAGCUUAUGGGGAAGUUCUACCUUGAUUUAUAUCCUCGGGAAGGGAAAUAUUCCCAUGCAGCCUGCUUUGGAUUACAACCUGGGUGUCUCCUACCAGAUAGUAGCAGACAGAUAUCUGUUGCUGCAAUGGUUGCCAACUUCACCAAACCAACUCAGGAUGCACCAUCUCUUCUGCAGCACGAUGAAGUGGAGACGUACUUCCAUGAAUUUGGCCAUGUGAUGCAUCAGAUCUGUGCUGAGGCAGAUUUCGCAAUGUUCAGUGGAACACACGUGGAAAGAGAUUUUGUUGAAGCUCCCUCCCAAAUGUUGGAGAAUUGGGUGUGGGAGAGGGAUUCUCUGCAACGAAUGUCAAAACAUUACAAGACUGGAAGCCCCAUACCAGAUGACACAAUGGAGAAGCUCAUAAAAUCCCGUCUGGCAAACACAGGUCUUCUGAAUCUUCGGCAAAUUGUUUUAGCCAAAAUAGACCAAGUGCUCCACACACAGAAAAAUGUAAACCCUGUUGAUGAAUAUAGCAAUUUAUGUAAAGAGAUUCUUGGAGUCCCAGCAACACCAGGGACUAAUAUGCCUGCUACAUUUGGCCACCUUGCUGGAGGAUAUGAUGCCCAGUAUUAUGGAUAUUUAUGGAGUGAGGUGUAUUCCAUGGACAUGUUUUACACACGGUUCAAACAGGAAGGAAUUAUGAGCCAAAAGGUGGGUGCUGACUACAGAAACUACAUCCUGAAGCCUGGCGGAUCUCUAGAUGCUAGUGAAAUGCUGCGUAAUUUCCUUGGCCGUGAGCCUCAGCAAGAUGCAUUCCUUCAGAGCAAAGGACUGACCAGUCUGGCGUGCCCUGUCCCCUCAGCUUGUUAAUAAAGCGGCAGCAUCUAAAUUGACCAGAGCAAGCGAGAUGAACUGGGGGUGUAGUUUCAUGCUUAAAAAAAAAACUACAAAAAUGUCAAAAAUAGAUCAUUUGGAAUAUUAGUGUUGUCUUACACUUCUGGACCCAUUCUCUUUACUGGAAAAAACACAACUGUUUUCUUUACGGUUACAAGCUCUUAAACUAUUGAUAUUUGAAAUAUUGGGGCCAAGAAUGUAAAAUAUAUAUAUAUACAUUUUUUUUUUAUAGCCCCCCUAGCCUAAUGGAUUGCAGUUCAUGCACUGUACUACACAGUAAAAUCCCCAAGUAAAUCCCUAAGGGCUCUUUCACACAAGCGAGUUUUCUGUCUGGAUGUGAUGCGUGUAGUGAACACAGCAUCCGGACUGAAUCCUGACCUAUUGAUGAAUGGGUCUAUGUACAUGUCUUUCAGGCAUAAUCUUUGUGUUCACAAAAAUCAUAGCAUGUUCUAUAUUGUGUGUUUUUCACACAGCCCUGGCUCCAUAGAAGUUAAUGGGGCUUGUGUGAAAAACAUAAGGCAUCCGGAUGCAAUGCGUUUUUCACUAAUGACUGCUAGGAGAUGUAGAUUAUUAUACAUCAGUUUUUCUUGACGUCAAAAAUGCAUACAAUCCGGAUGGAAAAACUGCACUUGCUGAAAAACUUAUUGAACUUGUGUGCAGAACCAUCAGUUUUUUGUCCUAAAUACAAUUUGACUCCUUCUACAUUACUUUUGUGAAAGAGGCCAAAGUUUUGAAAUGAGGGCAGAGAAAAAAAAAAAAAUUAAAUCCCCUCCACACGUUUGGUACCGUCACAUCUGUAAUCUGAGCUAUACAAUUAUCACAUUAUUUAUCUUGCACAGGUAACGACAUAAAAAAACUAAUUCUGGCACAGUUUUUUUUUUUAUCUGCAAAAAAUAAAUGAAUAAAAAGUGAUCAAAAUA